AUGAUUUCUGACAUAACACGGAAAAAUGGCGAUAAAAGAACGAAGAGAUUCGAGUAUACAGCGAAAUAUAAAACGUUGGAGCAGAAAGUUUCAUAUGAUGCACAAAUUCCACUUACUGAUGAAAAUCCAAUCGAUGAGAUAAUAUCUCAUAUAUAUGUGAAAAAUAAAGUUUUGCCAAUGUUUUAUGAAGAUAUUGCGGAUGCAUUCCAUCGUUUUAUUGAUGAAGAGACAUGGAAGUACGAGACGGAAAUAGGCGAUGCUACUGUUAAUGCAUUUUUAAAUGAAACAGAUGCUGCAAGUGAUCCACUAUAUGUUCAGGAAUUUCCUGAGACAGCAAAUGAUACGGAAACAUGUGAAACUCUUGAAUUCGCUAAUCAGUUCCAGUUUAUCAUGCGAAAUUUAUCACCCGAACGAUUGAAGAUAAUCAUCGCAUGGGAAAGGAAAAUGGAAGAUGAGAUGUCGUCUUUGAUACGUGCUCGAGAUUUCGAACUUGAUCGAAUGUAUCGUGAAUGCGAAGAAGCAGUGAAUGCUAGUAUCACAAAGGAUGAUCGAAUUUUACCCAAAAGUGGACAGCAUUUGAGCCGCUUGAAUGAACAGAUACGAGAAGUCAGUAGUAAUUAUGCCGAGCAAAUUCGUAUCUUAACAUCACGGCAACGUAAAUUCUAUCGAAACUUGAUUAGAAAUUUGUACGAAUAUGAUGAAUUCCCAGCUGAAGCAGAAGCUGUCCUCUCUGGUCAUACGACUGCAAUCAAAAAGUCUUUGUCAACAGCUUCAAAUUUCGAUGCGAUCAAAACACAAACUAAGUUCUCAUUGGAUGAGAGUUUCACAAUAUAUCUAGGCGCACAGUUAAAAACAAUGCAUAAUGCUCGACUGCUGACUUCCCCAGAUUUGACAAAUCUGUGUCGAUCUCCUGUACUGUUUGAGGAUGAUGCUUCUGCUACUCAGCGGCUACAGAUGAAUCUUACUUUAUAUGGUAGAAAUUUAAGUGGCCUAGUACUUCUGGUAGAAAGAGAUCCCAUGUUUCAUAUCAGUGAACGAACAGAUUUCUCUAGAUUAUGCGAACAUUCCACUGAACUUCAUUUCGAAUCACUUGAAGAUCAAUUAAAACAAGUAACACCAUUGAUUUCGAAAACAAAAGAAGAUAUUCAUCAUGAGACAAAUGAUGAUGAGUUACUACUUCCAGUUGGUAGUUUAUAUGUCACUCGGCAUUCCAAUCUUUCUUCAAUUCAG